AUGGAGGAACCCGAAGUGCAUAUUUUUACUUUAAAAUCUAUUAUAUUUUUGGAUUCUUUAUGCUUUGGUUUAAUGUAUUCCCACAUAGCACCUCAUUUAAUUGAUAUAAGUGGAACCCAACUAGGAAUUGGGAUAUUUAAUGCAUUCAACAUACUUCUCUCCCUUGUUUCGAAAGACAUAACCAGAUCAUUUUUAUCCAUAAAAGGAAAGAAAUUUGCCACCUACAUGAUUUUUAUGAUUAGUAUUAUGUCCCAUUUAUUUGUAUCAAUGACGUACUCUGUUACAUUUACAAUUUUUAGCAGGCUUUUAUUCACUGCAGUAAAUGAAGCAAACAGGUUUUGCAAAGAUUUAUUUUUCAAAAUAGCUCCAGAUUCAACCCAUGAACAAGAAAAAAUGAUUUUGGAUAUUUUAUCUUCUUUAGGGUACAUUAUUGGGCCUAGUAUUGGGGGAUAUAUUUUUACAGUUCCUGGGGGAUUCACCAUACUGGCCCUAUUAACCGCUGGAAUAACAUUUGCCAAUGUUUUGCUUCUUUUGAGGAUACCGGUGAUGAACGAAGAUAAUAAACCGCAAGCUUUUGAUGAACAAGAAGUAAUCGAAAGAUAUAAAACGGUUAUUGAUAAAAACAUUGAAGACGUAAAAAAUUCAAACUGGAAAGUGACUUGGCCUUUUCUAGCAGUACAAAUUCUUGUGACGUGUGGUUGGACGAUGUUUUUUUCAAAAUUCACACAAGUAAUGCAUAGUAAUUUUAACAGCGGCAGUUCCACAUUUGGGAAUGCGGCUUCCUACAAAAACCUUCUACUUUUUGGGUCUGUUACAUUGUCUACAGAUUUAAAGUCGAAAUAUCUUAACGAUGUUCCCCUAGUAUCCACAUUGGAUUGCUCGUUGAUAAUUAAUUUUUGUGCUAUAUGUGGCAUGUGCUAUUCCCAGUCAUUUUUAGCCUAUUGGGUACUUUGUAUACCUCUCGUUUUUACGAAAUCCCUAAUUAAUUCGUAUUGGCCAGAUAUGCAUUCUCAAAGCGAAAAUUCCGCACUAGUGAAUCUAAUUCCAGCAAUUAAUAUCGCCUCUGGAAUUAUAAUGCCAAUUUUUUUUGGCAUUGUCUGCACUCACUUAUGUCCAAACCUUGUGAAAUUCGUCUCAGUGUCUCUGGUGCUAGCCGCAUUUCUUAUUUUUACUUUUAUUGUCAAACCAAAUUUAAAAUAA